AUGCUUCAGGUUACUUGCCAAGGCAACCCCUUCGAGAUUGGGUACCAACAUGGCUCGACCGCCAAAGCUGUGAUCGCCAAAUCUAUUAACUUCGCCGUCGGUCUCAUCCGAGGGAAAACGAAGAAGACGGAGGACGAGCUUAAGCAGAUUCUCAUGGAGCUGGGAAGCGUGAUUGAGAAAAGAUGGCCCAGAUAUCAUGAGGAGAUUCGCGGUAUCGCAAAGGGUGCCGAACGCGAUGUUUCCGAGAUUAUUAUGCUCAAUACCCGCACAGAAUUUGCAUAUGGCCUGGUCGAAGCCCGUGAUGGCUGCACUACCGUUUAUUGUAAACUUUCCAACGGAGCACUACAGGGUCAAAACUGGGAUUUCUUCUCCGCCACCAAAGAGAAUCUGAUCCAGUUGACCAUCCGUCAACCCGGCCUGCCCACCAUCAAGAUGAUCACGGAAGCUGGAAUUAUCGGCAAGGUUGGAUUCAACAGUGCGGGAGUUGCCGUCAACUACAAUGCUCUUCACCUUCAGGGCCUUCGGCCCACUGGACUUCCUUCGCAUCUUGCCCUCCGCAUGGCUCUUGAAAGCACGUCUCCUUCCCAGGCCUAUGACCGAAUCGUGGAGCAAGGUGGAAUGGCCGCCAGCGCCUUUAUCAUGGUCGGCAACGGGCAGGAGGCAUACGGGCUGGAAUUCUCCCCCAUCAGCCUCCGAAAGCAGGUGCUCGACGCAAAGGGCAGACUGGUGCACACCAACCACUGCUUGCUCAACCAUGGCGAAAAUGCGAAAGAACUCGAUCCUCUACCGGACUCGUGGAGUCGCCAUCAGCGUAUGGAAAACCUUCUUGACCGGUUUGAUGGUACCAAAGAGGCAUUUUCCCGGCUCUGGGAGGAUGAAGACAACUAUCCUUUUAGCAUAUGUCGAGCAUACGAGGAAGGUAAAAGUAGGGGAGCCACCUUGUUCAACAUUAUGUACGAUCACGCCCGCCGAGAGGCGACUGUGCGUUUUGGCCGGCCGAAGAACCCGGAUGAGACGUUUGUCUUGCAGUUCGACGAUGAGGACAAAAGGUCUGCGCUCAAUGCUAAACUUUGA